AUGGCCUCUCAUCAUAAUGGCCGUAUGCCCGAGAAAGCCGAACAGGCUACCCCUGGUUCAGUCUGCGAAGCCCACAAGCUCUAUCAAACACCCCCCGAUGAAAGAGGCUACAGUUCAUGGACGCACGAGUGGCAAAGGGGCUUGGUUGCGCCCAGCGAGAACUCACUUUCUAGCAAAUACGCAUUGCUUGUGAGAAAGAUCAAAUGCUAUGAUGGAAGAAAGAGCCUCGAGAUCCAUUCCAUCAUUGUGCAAAGUGCACCCCUUAAGAAAUUUCUCGUUGGCGUCAUGGCCGGCUAUCCUGGUCUCACCUUGACUCUCAAUCGGAUUGAAUUCAGCAAGCCGUUUAAGCCCUUUGUCCACCGAUGGACGCAGUUCAGCGAAGCUCUCGCGGAUGAGCAAGAUCCUACGACCUCGAACCAUGCGAAGUUGCUUUACGAUAUCCUAGACGAGGAGUUGAAGGAUACGAUUUCUCGAAAGAACGACCUCAUCAAAAGCAACGUGGUGACACAUGACCUGUUAUGGGCCAUUUUCGAGCCUGACUGUCUGGUAUUUUGUGAAGUUCUUGAUGGCGUCCAACGUGUCUUCCAAUUCAAGUCUGCAGAUAUCGAUUCGAAGGGUAAUUUUGAGAUCGAAUCAAAGUAUGUGGACUGGGAUGGAGAGUACUUCGGAUAUUCAAGCCAGUGUCUCUACAUUCUGGCUUACGAAGGGACAUCGCCUAUCAUGGGGUUGCCAGUGAUCCCUCUCGCCUAUCAUACUGACCAAAAGCGCCUCAGAGAAGAACUCACUGCGCGUGGUAAGCUUUGGGAAAGCUAUCAAGGGUAUCACUACAAAUACUACGAUGGUCCCGCGAAAGCCUAUCUUCCUCUGAUGAACCGUGAGAUUAAACUCAACAUUCAGGGUCGGAUCAUCAUCGAUACGGAAGCGUACAAAACCUUCGCUCCAGAGUGUGACUUCUCGGUUUCAGAUGAAAUAACUCAAGGGCUGUCUGAUGACCAACGGCUCAUGGCAACCCCAGUUCUUCGAGGCUAUGCCCUUAAAGAGAAACAAUGGAUGGAGAUUUUUGUUGACAAUGUGAAGGAAAUCGUCUGGGAUACCAAGGCCUUCGACUCUUUGGUACUGCCUCAUGCGCAACAGGAUUUGAAGCGGCUAAUCCUUGGAUUCGCUCGGGCUCAGUCUAGCCGUCGUGACACUUUCGACGAUGUGAUUCAGGGCAAGGGACGGGGAGUUAUCAUGCUUUUGAAAGGUCCCCCUGGAGUGGGUAAAACCCUAACCGCAGAGAGUGUCGCAGAAGUGAUGAAAGUACCACUUUACAUCCUCAGCGCAGCAGACCUUGGUAUAACCGCUUCGGCAGUCGAGGAUAAGUUGAGAAAUAUUAUGACCAUGAUCCCUCGCUGGGGAGCCAUCAUCCUACUCGAUGAAGCAGAUGUUUUCAUGGAGGCUCGUAAUACAGUCGACCUCCAAAGAAACGAGCUAGUCUCCAUAUUCCUGAGACUACUGGAAUAUUAUGAGGGAAUCUUGUUUCUUACGACCAAUCGUGCGGAGAUUAUCGACCCUGCCUUUGAAUCACGAAUCCACCUUUCUAUCCGUUAUCCAGAGCUCACCCCAGCAGCGAGACGUCAGAUUUGGAGUCAAUUCAUGGCCAACAGGGAAAUCAAACCUUUCUCAGAAGAUGAACUUGAUUACGUCUCAAAUCUGGAACUCAAUGGCCGACAAAUCAAAAAUGUUCUCAAAACUGCGCAUUUGCUGGCGCAAGAAGAGGAAUGUGGACUGAAUUAUGAGCAUGUGCGAAUUGUGUUGGCUUUGCGAGAUUUUGAGAAGGCAGAGGAUGCAGCUGCGUGA